UCCGUAAGAAGCAGUCGGUCGAAAACACUGUACCUAUAUAAGCAAGCAAGCGCCAUCAUCAUGAAAAAUUGUUAAGAACCUGCUGUUGCACAACAACAAAACACAGAUUCGGAGUGGCUGCAGAUAACGGAGAAGGCGGAAAAAGUAUAUAGUAAGCAAGUGCGACAAUAUAAACACUAUCCUAUCUUGCGUUUGCAAACGUAUAUACAGUGCGAGGACACAACAUAAGUAUCGAGCGCAAUUAUGCGUAAGCUCCGGGGCAUCAACAUCGUCGCCGAGGACGCGCUGUCUCUUCCUGUCCUGUCUAGUCUAACCCUAUAAUACACCAAGGCACCACAUCAAAACCGACUCAGUGUCACAAUAACACCACCCUAGCAAACGUCAUUAACAACAGCGACGAUGAUGUAUGCACUCAAGCCGUUCACCUUUGUGCAGCACGAGGUGAAAAGCGCGGAGAAGCCAAAAGCACGCAGCGGCCACAGGGUAGUCUGCGACGAGCGCAACCUCUACUCCUAUGGAGGCUUCAACCCGAGCAUCACAGCCAAUGACCCAGAUAUGCAGAACGACCAGAGCUGGACCAUUAGUCGGCCCCUCUUCAAGGAGCUGUGGAAGUACAAUUUCGCGACCAAACGCUGGAAACGGCUGCCCUGUCAGAAGACGAUGCCUAAUGAGCUCGCCUCGAACGCAGUCAUCCUUCGCGGUGUCACCCUUCUCGUACACGGUGGUACGGGGGUACCCUUUGGCGACAAUUGCAACAACAAUGUGUACGUUUGCAAUGUCAAUGACGGCCAAAUGCAGGUGGUACCAGCCACUGGCGAGCUACCCGAUCCCCAGUAUGGUCAGGCGGUCAUCUGCCACGGCCCAUAUCUGUAUACAGUUGGCGGUACCACUGGCCUCGAGUAUACCUGUGACAUUCACAGGUUCGAUAUGAGAACUCAGAUUUGGGAGUCUGUGUACAUUUGUGCUGGCAGGGAUCAGUGCGAGCCCAAGGGCAGAUACAGACACGAACUUGCGUUUGAUGGGAGGAUUAUUUAUGUGCUUGGUGGUGGUACUGCAUCAGAAGCUUUUGGCUUUGCGGAACUUCCAGCUUUCGACACUUUGACAAGAAGGUGGAUGACUCUGUGCACUCGAGGUGAUAUUGAAAAAACUUAUCCUGCUCCAAGACGAUGUCAUGGCUUAGUUCAGUUCAAAGAUGAGAAAACAGACUCAACAUUGGCUGUCAUAUCUGGCGGCUACAAUGGUACACAUGUUUUCAGCGACAUUUGGAGGCUUGAUCUGGAGCUUUUGCAGUGGACUUGUCUAAAAACGUGUGUUUUACCACAACCGACAUAUUUUCACUCCACAGCUUUAACUCCAGCAGGACAAAUGUUUACUUUUGGUGGCAUCGUUAAGCAGGACAACGAAGUUGCCAGAACAGAUGAAAUCCAUUCAGUUUGGUUAACAGUCCCAAAACUUUCCGAAAUUUGUUGGGAAGCACUGGACUUUUAUUUUCCAAAAUUAAAAGAAAAGGCACAAUCAGAUUUAUUGCGCAUUGGGGUACCCUUCAAAUUUCUUCAUAGGUUAUAAAACGAUUACUCACAAUUAUAAAUUUUUUUAGUCUCGUUUUCGUUAUAGGGUGCUAACAAUAUGAACAUUGUUACCAGUUAAUGAUAGAGAAAAAAUAUCAAUGUUAUUAAUGCAAAUGAUAAAUUAUACUCAUAUUUUUGUAUUAGCAUGGUGUCUAUAUUGUGAUAAAAAAUCAAUCUUAUUCGUUGUAUUGAUUGGUGAUAUUAUAUUUUCGUGAAAAGACAAUGCAAAUUUGAUUUAACGUAUGUUUCAAUUUUUUUAAACGUUCAAACACCAUUUAAAUAUUUGUAAAAAAUGUGUACAUUUCACCUAUAAUUGAAAUUACUUCAACCAAAAUAUAGUUAAAGUGCUAUUAGAUUUAUAUAAAGUAUAUAGUAAAUUAUUCAAAAAUCUUGCAUCAAGCAAACUUAUUUGUGUGAGUCUAAAACAAAGAUCAAAUAAAACUUGCAUCAGGAGAAAUUUCUUAAAUACUUCUUAAAUUUUUUACAUAUUCAAUGCUUGAAACUGAUUUUUGUCACAAAAAAUACUUUUCGGAGUGUUAAUCCUACUUAACUUUUUUUUUUUCGUUGUUAACUACUUAUUUUCCAGACGAUUCGCCGACAUGGAUGUUUUUUAAUUUUACUGAUGUCAUAAAUUACACAGAUUUUAAAACAAGAUUAUUUAUCUUCUUUGCUUCUGAAGAACUCAAAAAAUUAUUUUUUAACCGCAAUAAAAAAAUGUGUUAGAUGUUAGUAGUAGUGUUUAUACCUGGUAAAGCACAUGUUUAGCAGAACAAUAAGCCGAGAGGGUCAUGUGAUAACUGAUGCGCACCAGGUGUGAAACGCUGUUUCUUGUACCUCGAGUUUUUCGUGACUGUCGCACAUUUGUUGAGCUCUUGGUAGAAAUAACUAAAGUUCGUCACUGAUGUGCAUUAGGCGGGAACGAUCACCAAGGAAUUUUUGAAGAUGUGUAUCUGUGACAAAAUCUACUAUCUCGUACCUACUGAAGGCGCAACAAACCUUCAAAAGUCAUGAAAAACUUCCGAGAUAGGAAAAAAGAUUUUUAGACGGAAGUUCAUGUUAUGAUGUGAACCUUUGAAGACGAUUUUUAGUUGUAAAAUUUAUAAUAAGAGGCUACAUUUACGAAAGAGACUAUAAUUUUUCAUCUAAAUCGCGACUCAUGCAUGCAUUAUCAGGGUAGAACGUUUUAUUAUAACAUAAUAUACAUACAAAAAUAUAUUCCGAAAGACAAUUUUUUGGCAAAUUGUAAAAAAUUGUAGUUGUGUAGCACACAAUGUAUUUCUUCAUGAAUACUGGUUUAUUAUAUUACUUAUGUUGUAUCAUACUUUUCAUAUAUAAGUAUCAUUGAAAUUUUUUCCUACUCAACUCAAUUACAUUUUAAUUAGGUGAAAAUUAUAUUUUCGCUGUACUGCUUUGAUAAAAUUUAUGUUUUAAAUCUGCAAAAUUACUUGAAUAGUUGCAAUUCAAUUAACAUAAUGAAAAAUUUACACUUAAAAUUAAAAUAAACAUUUGUACUUUAAUAGUUGAAAAGUUAUAAAAAAAAUUAACUUGGGUAACAAGAUAUGAUAAGAAAUUUCAUUGACAAGGCAAAAAUAGCAACUUUUUUGAAUAAAAAAAAGUUAAAGAUAAACACAUUGUUGUGAAAUAUAUUUUAAAAUUGCUUCAUUUUUUGAUGAAAAAAAGGUAAUUGAUUGAUAUGUUCUGCUGUGCUCUUCUGAAAAUAAUUAUCUUUUACUGAUAUUAUAUAUAC